UUCUUGAACGUAACAGUCAGUUUUAUUUGAGAAAUGGAAAGCAGCAACAAAGUACAUUUUUACCAACAACGGCGAUUUGGCUUAUUAGAAAAAUACCAGCUGUCAAAGCAUCUUACUCAUGCAUAUGGUAAUAUCACCCUUACCGCACAUUUGAAGCAUCGCAACAUGCUAUCUGACCAAGGAGAGCCAACUUACGAGAGAUAUAAGGAGCAUUAUUUAAACUAUUUACAAACGGGUCUGGCUCAGUUAAUCGGAAAACAUCCCAUGCUUUCCCUUGUUGUCCGAGAAAAAGACAGAGAUACGGUUCAUUUUGCACAGCUUUCACAAAUUAACUUAGAAGAAGUAAUUACUAUCGAUUUGCAACACAGGAAUCUGCAAGAUAACAUACAACAGGUUAUUCAGCAAGAGACAGACAGAGAGUUUGAUCUCGAUAGCAUGCAGUUACCUUUAUGGAGGCUUCGUAUUGUUGUUGGGCUUGAUAUAACAACAACAACUGAAGAAUGUUUGUUGGUUUUAACCAUGCAUCAUGUGAUCGGCGACGGUAUGAGCCUAACUAUCUUCAUGAAAGAGCUACUCUCCUGUAUCUCAACUUCUAGAUCAUUUGAUGAUAACAACAACAGUAGCAGAAUAGUCAAUAUAAACAAAAUAGAUCAUGUCCCUCCACCUUAUGAAUUAGCAGGUGCGCCUUCGCUCUCCAUAUUGUGGGAUAUCAUGCCUGUCUUGUACCAAAACUUAAUGCCCAAAGUGCUGCCUACCAACCUUGCUCGUUAUUUAAACCCUCUCUCUUAUGAAAGUUGGAAAGGUGAUUUUCCUGCCGUUAAAGAGGAGCCCCAUCAUACUGUAGUUCAACUCUUUAACGUACCUGCUGAAGUUUGGAAACCAACCAUACAGGAAGCUAAAAAGCGAGGUAUUUCCGCACACGCUAUUUUGUAUACUUGUUACUUGAAAACUUGGUCUGCCAUAUAUGCCGACGAUGACAACUGCAACAUAACUGAAGUCUGUACGCCUAUCAACUGCCGUUCUAUCUGCAAACCAUCUGUUCCUAAAGAUUGGAUUGGUAAUUAUGUCAGUUCAUAUACUAGCAUAUGGAAGAAGAAAGAAGACAAUAAAGCGGAUAUUUGGGAACGGGCAAAGCAAUAUUACCAAGAUUUACAUAAGAAUAUGCAUUCCUCAGCGAAACAAACAUUAUUUCUCAAGUUUCUACCGGAAUUUCCUGAUUCCUAUUGUGAAUUUUGGUAUGAUAAACGCAGAAACUCUUCAUUUGGCAGAACAGGUGGAUUAGAAUUAUCAGAUCUUGGGAAGUUAGUUUUGCUAACAGAUCAACGCAGAGAUGAAGAUAAUGAGGAUGAAGCAUCAAAUGCAUUGGAGACAGUUGAAGUCAAACACGUGUAUUUUUGCCAAAGUGCACAAAUAUUCACUAAUGUAAUUUCUCUGAACAGUAUUUCCUUAAACGAUCAAUUGUAUUGUACAUUGAGUUAUCAAAAGGGGUCUGUUAAACAAGAUAAGAUAAACCACUUCAAUUCUGUUUUUGUUGACAUUCUGAAGAGCCUGAAAUUGUAAUAAGGAAUAACUUGCAAUAAUAAAUGUAAUUUUGAAUGUUUUAUAUUGCACUAUUUUACAAGAAAAGCAAUUUAAUUAAGUGAAAAGGGAAGAAAAAAAAAAAAGC